AUGAGGAUAGGAGAAGCGGAAGCCAAGACCGAGAGCUACAAUAAAAACAAACGCUUCAACGAGUGGCUUUUGGCUAUGGGUGAUGGAAGACUUGAAACAAAAUCUGAGGACCACGAAGUUGAAGGGACUUGGAUUGAAAUACCAAAUGAGUAUUUGGCUGACGUUGGGGUAUCUGAACUCAAUAAGGUAGUGGAAACAACUCACCCAGAUUUUGAGCUAAGAAGAUCUGACGACAACUAUUUAAAAGAAAGGGCUAUACCCACUCCCUUAAAUGAGACCACAGACACCAUAAACGAGUACAUGAUGAGCCUCUUGCCCAUAGAAGAAAGGACCUACAAAAGUUGUGAUGAAGUAUGCUUAUCUUCUACUGAAUGUGACCAACAAUUCUCAGAAUACCUAACUGAAUAUCUAAACAGCUUAAAAUUGCCAAGAUUGCCGCACCACGAGCUUAAAUUGAAGGUAGGAAUGCCGGUCAUGCUACUUCGAAAUAUAAACCCCCCACAAGGGUUGUUUAAGGGUACUAGACUGGUUAUAACCCACCUAGGGAAGUUUGUAAUUGAAGGAAGGAUCAUAACGGGGUCAAAACAGGGAAACAAAUAA